AUACACAGUCAUAUCUAACUUCGACAACGAUAUUCAUCUAAUCUCUCUCUCUCUCUCUCUUCAUCAUCAAGGAUGAUUAACCAUUUAGCUACUACUAUUUCAUGAUUAACCAUUUAGCUACUACUAUUUCGUAAUCAAUUUACGAACCUAACCAACAGAAUUUCCGCUUAAACCUCUGCUUCCUUCCCCCGCCAUGGGAGCACAAGUUUCCAAACAAAUCGAACGGCGCACGGACAUCAAAACGGAGAAGAAAGUCCUCGCCGACCUAAAACAGAGCUGCGGCUGCGACUAUCCCGGCUGUGACUACCGCCCUUCCGAUCGGAAAAACUGGAUGUCCGCCCUCAAUCCAGACAAGCUCCGCAUCAACCAGAUCGUGUGGCCAGGCACGCACGACUCCGCCACCAACCAAAUCGGCAUCCCCUUCAUCAGCCGCCCCUUCGCCCAGUGCCAAACGCUCUCCAUCUACGACCAGCUCGUCGCCGGCGCGCGCGUCCUCGACGUCCGCAUCCAGGAGGACCGCCGCGUCUGCCACGGCAUCCUCCUCACCUACUCCGUCGACGUCGUCAUCGCCGACGUCAAAAAAUUCCUCACCGAAACGCAAUCGGAGAUCAUAAUCCUGGAAAUCCGCACCGAAUUCGGCCACACCGAUCCGCCAGAUUUCCAUCAGUACCUCAAGGAUCAGCUCGGCGAUUACCUAAUCCACCACGACGAUCGCGUUUUCGAGAAGACGAUCGCGGAGAUCCUGCCGCGCCGGGUGAUCUGCGUGUGGAAGCCGCAGAAGGCGGCGGCACCGCCGGCGGGGGAUCCGCUGUGGAGCAGCGGGUACUUGAAGGACAACUGGACCGACACGGACAAGCCAUCGACGAAAUUCGAGAGCAACAUGAAGCAUUUGGGGGAGCAGCCGGCGGCGGUGGGGAGGAAGUACUUCUACCGGGUUGAAAACACGGUGACGCCGCAGGCGGAUAACCCGAUCCUGUGCGUGAAGGCGGUUACGGGUCGGAUCCAGCCGUACGCGAGGACGUUUAUUGCACAGUGUUUUACGCGGGGAAUUGCGGAUCGGUUGCAGAUAUUUUCAACCGAUUUUAUUGGUGAUGAUUUUGUGGAUGCAUGCGUUGGCCUCACCUCCGCCAGGGUUGAGGGCAAGGCCUGACGCUUUUUUCACUUGCUCUCUUAUUAUUGUUGGAUUGGAUUCUUCAAAUUGUUUGUAUAUGUUUGUGCAGUUGUGAGUGUAGAGAUUUUAAUUUUAUGUUAUGCUUUGAAUGGGUGGUUAUUGGAAUAAAACCAGGUUGUUGUAUUUUA